UCUGUUGUUUGACCCUAUCAAAUGAGCGUCAGUUGCGUGGAAGUUCUUUGAUUAGAGAAGACGGAAAAGAAGGAAGGUGAAAAUGGGCGAGUGGACCUACGGAAUUUGCGGCUGUUUCAACAACUUUGGAGUCUGCAUCAUUUCAUACUUUCUGCCCUGCGUAACAGCCGGGAGAAAUGCAGAAAAGGCGGGCAUGGGAUCAUGCUUAUACUGCGGCCUGAUGUCCACCUUGGGCUGUAUCGGCUGGUAUGUGGUGGCGAAGACUAGAGAGGAGACUCGUGGGUUGCGGGGGAUUGACGGCUCUCUCUGUGGUGACCUACUGAUGACCUUGGUCUGUCCCUUCUGCGUGGUCGUCCAGACGGCACAGGAGUUGGAACUGACGGAGGGCCCACAGUCCAUUGCGAGGGAGUAGUGACUUACAUCCGGGACAGUCAGCUGUGACCGCUACAUCUGACCUUCACCUCUUUUUUGCCUUUGACUGGGAGUGUGUGCAGCUAGAGCCUUAAGUUUUGUGGCAUUGUGUUUUGUGUCAAUAUUUGGAUUACUUUUUGCAUUUAAACGCCACGAAUGGUAUUUUUUACUGCUUACGUACGAUUUGAAAACUUCGGUGCUGCUAUAAAGUGCUAAUAUUCCACUCUGGGUUUACAAAUAGCCUAAAGCAAGAUCUUGAAAUGCAAGAUUUAUUGGGAAUUGUAAGAAAGCUAUAUUUUACAGCGUCAAUGAAUUUUUGCAGUUUUAAACCUUUCAUCCACUCAUCAUCAUCGGAUUUAGACCUCAGCAUUGGGUUUUGAUGUUUGCCAAUCAUAUCGAGGCUGGAAAUGAAAAAUAAACUACCUGAUGACGAAGA